ACCUCUGUGUUGGAACAAACCAUCAAGACCACACAAGAGAGCUGCGACGACGAGAUCCAGCUGUACAACGGGCAAAUCGAGACCCUCAGGGAGCAGAUCGAAGAGGCCGAGAGGUCACUGGAGAAAUACACCAACGACUGUCGACAGCUGGCCAUGUACCAGACCUCUCUGGAGAACGAGCUGGAGAGGUACACGAGAAUCAUCGAGAAUGAAGACAACAGAUUGAACUCCGCGAUAAUUGGGACACCCAUUACUUUGCUCACAACCAAUUAUAAAUACAGCCAUAGUCCUAGCAUGACCAGGAAAGGAAAAGAUAUCACCCAAGUCAUCCAAGACAUCACCAACGUAAAACCUCGUCAGAAGUACUUGGCUAAGAAAGUGUUUAAAAAGAAAGAGAUCACAUCCAAAGGACCUAGUCGACUUGAGGAUAAGCCAGCCGAAGAAUUUGAAGAGGACGAAAAAGGACUGAUGGAGGAGCAGGGGGUGGGAAGCGAGGAGCAUGUUCUUCGUGAGGAUGUGCCUGAUGGUGCCCAGAUCAGCAAAGCCUUUGACACACUCUGUAACAUCAUACGCGACCGCAUGAGGCGGGUACAGAGGCCAGAGCCGAUCGCUGACUUCUUCACCAGGGGACGCUAUGUACUAGUGACAGGUGACUCUAGCUACCUGGACCCCUGCUUCUUUUCAACCACUCCUUCUGCUAGUCACGUCUACGUCACAAUCCAAGAUGGCAUGAUGCCUUAUGAUCCAUACUGGAGAGGUACACCUUCACCUGUCCCGAGCACCCCUUCUGGACCAACACCCUUAACCCCUUCCACACCUUCAGAACCAGAAACGGGAAAAGACGAUGGAGGUAGGAAGGAGGGUGGAAAUGGGGAGAGGGCAAAAUCCAAAAGUGGAGAGCCUCAUCCAAAGAUGAAAGAACCAGAACCGAGCCCCAGCCCACCGCCAGGCCCUCAUGACGACAAAGGCCCCAGCCCUCCGCCAGGCCCCAGGCAGCCCUCACCCCAACGUGGCGGCAAGGGCAAGACCUCGGACGAUCCCAGCAGCUUCCAACACCCUCCACCCAUGCCAUCGCCCAGUUCCAUCCCUCCUGACUCCAUGACUUACGAGAAGGUAGAAGUAGUGGAGUCGGUGGAGAAGCUCUCACAUGACAAAAAAGUGAAGGGCUAUGAAGAGACAACCACAGUGGUGGAGACCAUGAUUGAGAAGACCAGCAGAAAGAAACACGCCGAUAGAUCCUCUUGAAACCUUUCAAACAUUCCGCACGUUCUAUCCAUUUCUGCCUCGGACCUGCUCCAGUUUUGCCUCCUACCUGCUAUUGACGAGAUUCUUAGUGCUGCGCUGUUAACUUCUUGCACCAUUGCCUUUGGCCUUUACUAUCUGAAAACUUGGGAAGCCAAAAAUUAAAUGCCUCAUAUUCCCCCCUCACACAAAAAUAAAUUUUGUAACUGAGAACCUUGACACAGAAAACAUUAACUGCCAGUUUUAAUUGGAUUCACAGACUCUAUUCCAAAACCUAGUGAGCCUUCUAGGGCACCAUCCUUACUGAAACUGAACUUCUUAAGCAAUUGAUUUGGAACAUUCUACCUAGAGCUACUUACAAAGUGCACUUGGGGAAUCUCUGUUCAACAAAUGGUUUCCAAAGAGUUUGGUGUUACCAUGUUGCUAAGCUAACGAAGUGUGUUCAUAAAUUUAUAAUCAUAAAAAGAGAAAGCAUACAAAUGGUACAUUUUUCAGUUUUAUAUUUUAUAUUCUGCAUUUUCUUUUGCUUCGUCUGCCAUCUUGGAUGGAUAUUCUUACUCUGGGAGUGCCUUCUCUGCAAAAGAUACUUGCAAUGCUGCCUUAGAAUUUUUCCACGUCUCGGUAUCGUAGGAGGCAGUGAAACAAAAGCUGCCUACCUUUUGGAACAGCCUUAUCAUCGGGAGUACACCUAUGAUACCUUAAAAUGCUGCCUAGGUAGGCAGUUCCCUAGGUUGUGGAAUAGAGCCAUACAGCCACCCCAAUUAACAUGUAGAGUAUCACCCUCUCUCGCCCUUAACCUCAGGUCAAACCAAAGCAAAUGUUUAGUUUUAUUUGCUAUUAUUUUGUUCAAUUUAAGACACCAGCAUUGCCCACCACAGUCUUGAUGUGUAACUGCGACUCAAAUAAACAUCAAACCAAAAAAAUCUCAA